AUAACUACGUCUCCCUAGCUCUCCCCCUCCCCCCUCUCUAAUUCCUGCUUUCUCUCUGUAGAAAAAAUUGCCUCUAUUUAGAGAGAUAAAGUCAGAGGAAGAGAGAGUCAAUUCUAUAGACAUCGAAAAACAGAGAGACCCCGAGAACAGAAAAUAUUACAGGAGCAGAUGGAUGCGAUAUUGAACAAAGUUGGGUCUUAUUGGAUCGGUCAGAAAGCUAACAAGGAGUUCAAUUCUGUCGGAGACGACAUCAAUUCAUUAUCGACAAGCAUUGAAGGAGGAACCAAAUGGUUGGUGAACAAACUCAAAGGAAAAAUGCAAAAGCCGUUACCAGAUCUGCUUAAGGAGUAUGACUUGCCAAUUGGAAUCUUUCCUCGUGAUGCCACCAACUACGAGUUCAAUGAAGAGACACGGAAGCUUACUGUGUUUAUUCCCUCGAUCUGUGAAGUUGGCUACAAGGACUCGUCUGUUGUGCGUUUUUCGACCACAGUAACUGCGUUUUUGGAGCAAGGAAAACUAGCUGAUAUAGAGGGGAUGAAGACUAAAGUUAUGAUCUGGGUUAAAGUGUCCUGUAUUGUGUCUGCUGGAUCAAAGCUGAACUUCACAGCUGGGAUGAAGAGAACCAGGGAUAGAGGGGCUUACGAGGUUCUUCGAGAUGGGGUGAGCGUAGAUAAGUUCUGAAGUGAUUAUAAUGCGUCUGAGGUAUUAUAUUUCUGUGAAAUGCUACUCCCUUGUUAUUGCUUCUAGACCCCCAUGCCCUCGUCUACUGUGAUUAUAAUGAGUUAAUGACUGACCGAAUUUAAUUUCAUUUUGUUUGUAGUUGUGAUGCAUCGACUUUUCUAUGUCCAAUGAUUGAUGAUUAUAUCAUCUGUGUUGAUCGUA